AUGCAGACCCAGCUGUCCGAUCUCGUUCGCGACUCAAAGCUUGAAAUCCAGUCCUCUGGUGAUCAUGUCAUUCAGAUCGACUAUGUCUCGAACCCACGCAUGGGACAGCGGCGCACUCGGGUCGAGCAGCAUUGGCAAUUGAAAGCUGAGCUCGGAAGGGGAGGGUAUGGCGUUGUGUGGCUUGAGGAAUGCACUUCCGGGUUGGGGUCUGGCCAAGUCCGUGCCGUGAAGGAACUGCGAAAGGGCCCGUCGGUUUCGUCCCUUCCGCCGAACUACUACUACAGGGAGCUUGAAGCGAUCGCCAAGUUUUCCCAGAAGCGCUAUCGAGACUUCUUCGUUACGUCUUACGGCUGGUACGAGACUGAUAGGGCCGUCUUCAUCACUAUGGGGUAUCUCCCAGAUGGCGACUUACAGCGCUAUCUCGAAUCUCCGCUGCCUACGAACGAGGCGCGCGAUAUCACUCGACAGUUGCUCGAAGGCUUAGUGUUCAUGCACGAAAAUCAGUUCGCCCACCGGGAUCUCAAACCGGGAAAUAUUCUCGUGCUGAAGAAAGGUCCGGACUGGUGGAUUAAGAUCUCGGACUUCGGUAUCAGCAAGAGAAUUGAAUCUACGGCUCUCCGGACGCAUAUUGGCACCGAGCCUUACAUGGCCCCGGAGAUAAAGCGGAUAUUUCCAAUGGACGACGGGGCCGAUGCUGACACGGAUACCUUCACCUUGGCGGUGGAUAUAUGGUCCGUAGGUGUCAUCGCCUUCCGGAUGGUGACAGGUCGGCUUCCUUUCCCCGACCCACGGCAGCUAUUCAACUAUGUUGUUAAAUGCUCUUCUUUUCCGGCUAUGGGGUUGGAACCUGCUGACUGCGCGGACUUUGUGCAAAAGACGAUGGCAGCAUCCCCGCAUCUUCGACCGACCUCCCAACAGGCACUUGAGCAUCAAUGGCUCAUGACUCGACUGUCCGAAUCUAACCCGAACCUACACACCAGCAACGUCGGAGAGCAGAGCCUAGAUUUCUCAUUUUUACCGUCCGCCCAGUGGAGCACAAAUGAGAGGGAAACAGCCGGUCCCUCAGCUAGGAGUAUCACUGCUGUUCCCGACACCCAGCCGGUCCCGCCUACCGAGAAUGAAAUGGCCGUCGACGUAGGAAGCCACUUUCCGUUCCCGCCCCCUCCGCCUUUUUCUCCAGACUCGCCCGAUAAGUCUAGAGAUGCUCCUCGCAAUAUGGCCCCCCAUUUCUGGAGUGUUAUGGGUCAUAGCGGUUCUGUGAACACGAUUGCCUUCUCGAGUGACUCGGAGCUUCUGGUGUCUGGGUCCUAUGGCCGCACUCUAAAGAUCUGGGAUGCCGCCACAGGUCGCGAGGUCAAACGGAUUAUCGCCUAUGACUCUUUAGUUACCUUCGUUGCCUUCUCGAAUGAUUCGCGGCUCGUGGUUUCGGCAUCAGAUGACGGCGCUAUUAAGAUAUGGGAUGUCGUCAGAGGCCGUAUCGCCAGCUCGCUUACGGGUCGCGGCAGAUUCACCGUCGGCUCUGCGGCCUUCUCUGGCCAUUCGAAGCUCGUGGCUUUGGGGUUAUCCGACGGCGUUAUCAGGAUCUGGGAUGUCGCCGCAGGCCGUGAGGUCCGCACUCUGAGGGGCCAUCUCAGUUCGGUUGCUUCAGUAGCAUUCUCGGGAAACUCUGAACUCGUGGCUUCGGGGUCUUUCGAUUGCACUGUCAAGAUCUGGUAUGCUUCUACAGGCUAUGUAAUCCACACGCUCGAGCAUGAAGAGUGGGUUAGAUCCGUGGUCUUCUCGAGCGAUUCGAAGCUUGUGGCAUCCAGCUCAGCCGACGAGACUAUCAGGAUUUGGGCUGUUGAUACAGGUCAGCUAGUCUACACGUUUGGGGAAGGCCCUCACAUUCCCAACUACGGGUGGAUUAUGCAAACCUCGAACCUCGUCGCCUUCUUGGACGACUCGAAGCUUGUAGCUCUAUCCGUGAGCAGCUCCGUCAAGAUCUGGGAAGUCUCAACGCAGCGCCUGGUGCGGACACUCGAGGUUGGGUUGGUUUGUGCCACAGCCUUUUCCAACGACUCAAACCUUGUAGCGGCAGGGUAUGCCGAUGGUAUGCUUAGAGUAGUCAAGGUGACGACAAAGGCCUAG